UCAGAAUGGUGUAUUGACAGUGGAGCAACAUCUCACAUGUGCUGUGACAAGGGUUUUAAUAUUGAUUGGAAGUGCACCUCCGAUGAUGAUUGCACUGCUUCUAGAAGUAGAUGCAUUGAAAAAAAUUGUAAUUGUGAAACAGGAUACGUUUUUAACUCUGGCUUCACUGCCUGUCUCAAAGUUGUCAGUUAUUAUGGAGAGUUAUGUGAAGAUACAGUUCAAUGUUCAGCAUUUUUAAGCGCUGGUGGAUCAUGCCAAAUCGACAAAAAUAACAAAAAUGUCAAAAAUGCCACUUGUAUUUGCGGUGAACGGUAUCAUUACCUACAUGGCAAAUGUUACGCCUCUUCAGGCCUGGGUGAAAAAUGUAGAACAGACGACGAUUGUUAUGUGAAUUUCGAUUUUGAAGCCUCUGCCUGCAAAAAUGGAAUUUGUGCCUGUAGCGACGGUUUUUAUGGGAGAGAAUAUCGUACAUGUCGACGAGCAGCGAAAGCUGUAGGCGAAGAAUGUACAGUAGAUAUUGACUGCAUAUUUAAUGAUAAAGCUAGAUGUCCUAAAUUUAUCUGCCAAUCAGGCGAAGAGUCACAUUAUCUAUUACACGAAUUUAAAAACGCGGAUUUGAAAGUGCAAAAUUCGAGACUUGAAGACGAAUGUGAAAAAGACACAGAUUGUAAAAACGAAAAUAUGAUCUGUGGACCAGAAUUAAAAUGCAUUUGUAAACGUGCUCAAUUUAACUCUGACGGAAAAUGUAUUGCAGAGUUAGGAGAACCUUGUUCUGAAGAUGAUCCGAUGCUUGAGCUAUCCAUUUGUCGAAAAGGGAUUUUGGGUUGUAAAACAGGAAAGGUUGCGUCUCUGAAUAAUCGAAAGUGUCUCAAAGUUACUAGGGCCUACAAUAGUUCAUGUCAACAGAAUGAACAAUGCUACGUAUUUGGGCCUGAUGCUAUCUGCAAUGAGAAGCGCUGUCUUUGCAAUAAUAAUUCUCAUUAUGAGGAAACAGAAUUAUUUUGUUGGAUAAAUAAAGGAAUUGGAGAUAGUUGCCAAAGCGAUAAAGACUGUCAUAUUCGUGAAUUAGAAUUCAAUCUUUCUUGUAAAGAUUCCAUUUGUACUUGUCCGGAUGGUACCCUUUCGAAUUCAGAGAAAACAUCUUGUGUAAAGAUACCAACGGGAAUAAAUGCUAUCUGUGAUAAGAGUGAAGACUGCGUUAUAAACAAUGGAGACUGUGUUUCCAAAAUUUGUAAAUGCAAAGAAAACUAUGUUGCCUUAACUGAAGAUAAUUGUGUCGAAGCUUCAUCAUAUGGAAAUAAAUGCGAACACGAUGUUCAGUGCAAUUUUUCCUUAAAUAAUGGCAUUUGCUCACCAAUUUCUCUUCAAGAAGAUGUAGGACAAAAUUCAACUUCUGGGAUUUGUAUCUGUGCAGAAGGUUAUUUUUACAAUAACGCUAACUGCUUCCAGAAGAAAUAUCUUGGCCAAAGUUGCGAAAAUGAGAGUGAGUGUUACCUGAACAAUUAUAUUGAUAGAGUCAAUUGCAGAAAGGGAAUAUGUUCCUGUGGUUGGGAUUACAAGAAACUGAAUGCGACCUUCUGCGCAAGAAGUGGCUCUACUGCGAUCCACCUACCAAUUUGGAUUGGAUUGAUGGCAGCUGUCUUCAGUUUACUAAUGCUCUGAAUUAGUAAACUACAAAUUAGCUUCAAGUCUCAACGAAAAAUGCUAGACUUAAUUUCCUAUAUCCCUCUCACAAUACUCUGUCGGAUUAUUAAUCAUUUUACAUUAAUUUAAAAAUGUUCUAAAUUUAUUUUAAGAGUGAUUUAUUAAUGGUUUAGUCGCAAAGGAAAUUGUCUUUCAUCAUAAUUGACUACGAAUCAACUACUUUAAAAAAAUGGAUUAUUUCUGAGAAUUAUAAGGAAGUAUAUAUUGAUUAAAGACAAAUUGAUCGCAUAAACUAGGUUUCUUAAAAACAAAUGCAUUAAUACAAAUUUAGUUUCUAUACUCAUCCUUCAAAUGGAAGUAAAUAAUGGAUUGAGCGAUCAAUAUUUGAAUAGAGAAUGAUUGGGAAAUAGCUUAUUCUUUGCCAAGGAUGAAGUUUUGAAUUGUAUAACGAGUCUGGAUUAGGUUUCAUGUAUAAUUUUUUUUAACUCAUUUACUUCACUUUGCAAUAAGAUAAUCUUGGACAAACCAGCAUACGUAUAUUAUUCAAAACCUAAAUGACCACACAAAAAUAAUUCUUGUUGAACCAACCAGAAUGUUGGUUGGUUCAACGAGAAUAGAAUGUGCAAUAUGUUUUUAAUACAAAUUCUGGUUAAGAGUACCAGGAGAUUCUGGUUGAAAAUUUUCUGGUUAGUUAAAAUUCAAUUAGAAUUUCUGGCAAGAUUACCCAGAAAUCUUUACUAGACAGCUUUCUGGAAGUUUAGAAAUACAACUUUCUGGGCAAUCUAACCAUACAUUCUGGUAAACUUAACCAGAUGUUCUGGUAAGCUCAACUUUAUAUUCUGGUAAUCAUACGUUUUGGAUUUUUCAAAGUUGGAUACAUUUCUACCUUCAUGGCCUCUUCCCAAUGCCCUCUGAAAUUACGUGGAGGGCUCACUGUACCACAAAGAAAAUAAUCUCACAAAAGUUGCCGAGAAAGGAGUGUAGCAAGUAGCAAACAUCUUCCGCUUCGCUAAUAUUUCGUCUCUCUAUCCAUUAAUAAAUAGCGUCAGAUAUAAGGCACUCAAGGCUAAUCAGAAUAUUUUUCAUUUAUUUUGUUUCUCAAACUCUUCGUUAAGACUACUUUCUUCGGGAUUUUAUAUAAUCUGCACGUACAUCACU